AUGAAGUUUUUCAGUCGCGCUGGUGCUCUGGCAGCUCUCCUGGCGGCGUCGCCACUUCUCGAUGGAGCUGCAGCUCAGUCCUCGUCUCCGACGACCAUCACGGACUCCAAGACCGGCAUCAUCUUCAACUCCUGGUCAGCCACCAAUGCCCAGACAGCCGGCGGUAUAACAUACGGCUUUGCUCUGCCUCAAAAUGGCUUGACGACGGACGUGAAUGAGUACAUCGGUUACCUCCAAUGUGCCUCCAAGAACGGCCAGGGAACCGGCUGGUGCGGCAUCUCCCUCGGCGGCACGAUGACCAACAAGCUCCUGCUGAUGGCCUGGCCCAACGGCGCCGACAUCCUCACCUCUUUCCGCUGGACGUCGGGCUACGACAUGCCCGCGGUCUACGCCGGUGACGCCAAGUUGACGCAGAUCUCGUCCACCAUCAACGCGACUCACUACACCCUCAUCUACCGUUGCCAGAACUGCUUUCAAUGGAACCACAACGGUGCAACAGGCGGCGUCAGCACCAGCGCAAAGUCCCUCGUUCUCGGCUGGGCCCAGGCCUUCACAAGCCCGACCAACCCGUCCUGCCCGGCCAACAUCAACCUCAUCCAGCACGAGAACCAGAACAUCCACGGCACCAGCAUCGACGCCAACAUCGCUAACCCGUCUUACUCCGCUUGGGCGGCAUUGGCGACGAAGACCGCCACGGGUAACUGCGGCGGCAGCGGAACGGCAACCACUUCGGUGCCUACUGCGACCGCGACUGCUGGCCCGACAGGUGUCCCCGUCCCGUCCCAGACAUAUGACUACAUCGUCGUCGGCGCCGGUGCCGGUGGUAUUCCUCUGGCUGACAAGCUGAGCGAGGCCGGUAAGAGUGUUCUCCUGAUCGAGAAGGGCCCUCCAUCUUCCGGCCGCUGGGGUGGUACCAUGAAGCCUGCUUGGCUGGAGGGCACCAACUUGACUCGCUUCGAUGUACCGGGCCUUUGCAACGAGAUUUGGGAGAACUCCGCCGGCGUUGCUUGCCAAGACACGGAUCAGAUGGCCGGUUGUCUUCUCGGAGGCGGCACCGCUAUCAACGCUGCGCUGUGGUGGAAGCCUUACAACCUGGAUUGGGACUACAACUUCCCUUCGGGCUGGAAGUCGUCCGACGUCGCCGCCGCCACGUCGCGCGUCUUCUCUCGCAUCCCCGGGACCACGACCCCUUCGCAAGACGGCAAGGUCUACCUCACCGCGGGCCGAGACGUCAUCACCGGCGGCUUGAAGGCAGGAGGCUGGAACGAGAUCGACCUCAACGCGAACCCCAACUCCAAGAACCGCACCGUCGGCAAGACGCCCUACAUGUACUCGGGCGGCGAGCGUGGCGGGCCGAUGGCGACGUAUCUGGUAUCCGCCAGCAAGCGCUCGAACUUCAAGCUGUGGAUGAACACCGCGGUCAAGCGCGUCGUCCGGUCGGGUGGACACAUCACGGGUAUCGAGGUCGAGCCGUACCUGAACGGCGGGUACAAGGGCACCGUCAACGUCACGCCCAUCUCCGGCCGCGUCAUUCUGGCCGCUGGUACCUUCGGAAGUGCCAAGGUUCUCAUGCGCAGUGGUAUCGGACCGAAGGACCAGCUUGAUGUGGUCAAGAGCUCCACGGACGGGCCGACUAUGAUCGCUGACAGUUCGUGGAUUACUCUGCCCGUCGGUUACAACCUGGAAGACCACACGAACACCGAUACAGUUGUGUCGCACCCCAGUGUCGAGUUCUACGACUUCUACGAGGCGUACGACGCCCCGAACGUCACCGAUAAGAACGCUUACCUCCAGAAGAGGAGUGGUAUCUUGGCGCAGUCUGCCCCCAACAUCGGUCCUCUCUUCUUCGAGGAGCUCAAGGGCGCCGACGGAAUCACUCGUCAGCUCCAGUACACCGCCCGCAUGGAAGGCAGCCUCGGUGCUCCUAACGGAAAGUCAAUCACCAUCAGCCAGUACCUCGGCCGCGGUGCCACCUCUCGCGGCAGGAUGACGAUCCAGGCCAAUCUCGGCACCGUGGUCUCGACCGUGCCGUACCUCCGCGACAAGAACGACGUCGAGGCCGUGAUCAAGGGUAUCGAGAACCUCCAGGCCUCGCUCAAGAACGUGCCCAACCUCACCUGGCUGUUCCCGGAGCCGGGCACCACCGUCCGAGACUUCGUCAACAACAUGCUGGUCUCGUACUCCAACCGCCGCGCGAACCACUGGAUCGGCACCAACAAACUCGGCACCGCGGACGGCCGCAACGGCGGCGACGCCGUCGUCGACCUGAACACGAAGGUCUACGGCACCGACAACCUCUUCGUCGUCGACGCGAGCAUCUUCCCGGGCAUGGUCACCACCAACCCGUCGUCCUACAUCGUCGUCGCCUCGGAGCACGCCGCGGCCAAGAUCCUCGCACUCGCCACCUCCAAGGCCGGCGCGCUGUACGACCAGUGCGGCGGCUCGACGUGGAACGGUAGCUUCCAGUGCGCCGCGAAUCUGAAGUGCACGGUCAAGGACUCGUACUAUUCUCAGCCUCGGCGGGUUCCUAGACGUCCAUCCGUCCCAAUCCGUGCUCUCCCCAGGCUCCACGAUGCUACUCGCGCUGCAAUGUCGCGAUACCCGCCCGCCAUCACGCUUGGCUUCUCGGGCGGAGUCGUCGUCGUCGUCUCUAUGACGGCGAUGGAAGCCCAAGGUCGUGUCUACCCCGGAUUGCGGGACCAGUGGUCGACCUCUUCAGUGUUUCUCGUGAUACCCUCUCGUCCUUUCCUGAGAGACCACGCUGCCCACGUCGAGACAAUGCCGUCCUUCAAAGCCCUCCUGGGCGCCGGUCUGGCCGCGACCGCGGUCUUCGCCUCUCCCAUCCAGUCCCUCGACUUCACCGGGAAUCUCGCUCCCCGCGCGGAUCCGAGCCUGACGGGAUACCUCGGUGCCUUCUUCCUCGGCGCCGACCCCUACGUCUACCUCUACCUCAGCAACGGCAACAACCCGACCUCCUACCGCGCCCUCAACUCGGGCUCUCCCGUGAUCAAGCCCACCAAGGGCACCGGCGGCGUGCGCGACCCGGCCAUCAUCGAGGGCGGCGGCGCCGAGAAGGGGAAGAAGUGGUACAUUGUCGGAACGGACUUGGACAUUGGCAAGACGACGUGGGACGCCGCCCAGAGACAGGGAAGCAAGGGCAUCUUCGUCUGGGAGAGCACCGACCUGGUGAACUGGAGCGGCGAGAGGCUCGUGGUCGUCGAGAACUCCAGCGCCGGCAUGGUCUGGGCCCCCGAGGCCAUCUGGGAUCCGUCCAAGGGACAGUAUCUCGUCCACUGGGCGUCCAAAUUCUACCCCUCCUCGGACCCGAACCACACCGGCGCGCCCGGCCCCAUCGUGAUCCGCUACGCCUACACCUCCGACUUCCGCACCUUCUCCGCGCCGCAGACGUACAUCGACAAGUCGCCCACCAACAUCAUCGACCUCAACAUCCUGCCGACGUCCUCGGACGGCAAGUCGUUCGUGCGCUUCCUGAAGGACGAGAGCCUCAAGACGGUCUUCGUCGAGGUCUCGACCACGGGCUUGUUCGGCACCUGGACGCGGCCUGGCGGCAGCUCCGCGAUUAUUCAGUCCAGCGUGGAGGGGCCUGCGAGUUUCUGGGAUAACCAGGUCGCUGGCCGCGCGCAUGUCUUGCUGGAUUUCUACGGCGCUGAUGGGUACAGGCCGUAUGAGACGGGUAAUGUGGCGAGUAACUCCGGAUGGACUGCUAGCUCGCGGACUGGUUUCCCUAGUGGACUGAGGCAUGGAAGCGUGUUGCCUAUUAACCAGACGUUGUAUGACGCAUUGGGCAGACGAUGGGGCUAA